AUCUGGGGAGAGUAAGGAAGGGUCUGGAGCCUUCUCUAUAUACAAGGAAAUCCCAGUUUUGUUAAAAACUUGCCAAAGGCUUGGUGAUGUAACUCCAAAUACAAAUCCACAGUUUCCUUUCAGGUACUGCUUUGGGAUUCUGUGAAGAAUUGUGGCUCUACACUACGAUGUUUAAUAGGAAGGAAGCUCCUUCCUUUAUGACAUCACCAGACAGAGCGGUAGCUAAGGGGACUAUUUGAGACACUCGUAGAACAACAGCCAAUUUUGUGGGAGCCCAAGAACAGCAGCUUUAAAACAGAGUGAAUAUUCAGGCAUCAUUAGGAUUCUGAAUACAAGCCAGCCGGUAAAAUAUGGGAUCUACUCAGAAAGGCACAAUCUAUCAGACUGUCAAGACAAAUAAACCUGGGGCCAAGGUAUCAGUUUCAGCACAGAGAGGGUCUGAGGUUACUACCAACACAUUCCCUCAGCGGGGACAUGGGUACAUUCUUACCUCAAGCCAUCGAAGUGCUGCAGUCUCCCUGAACCCUUCCCACCGAAGAUCAGAAGCUGCACAUCCCAUCACUCCCCAUUCGGCAACAGACUAUCCUCGAUCUGUCUCCCCCGAGUUAGGGCCUGGACGCUAUGCGGUACCCACCCCUCAGGGAACCGAGACUCGACCAAGAACAGAAUCAUCCCGCCAUUCCUCUCCUCAUCGAAAGAGCCAGCAAACUCAGACAGUGGCUUCCCAUGCUUCAAGCAGACAACGGAAUAUUAGUCCACCCAGAGAGGAAGCAACACGAAGAGGUGGUGAGAGCAAGUCAGGGCGCAAGGUCAGCCAUCAUGCCUCAUCAAUCCCAGAUGUAAAAUCUUCUCGUCGAUUAAGUUUUCAAGACCAGAGGGAUAACUUGCAAUCACAAAUCUUACAAGAUGACCCACCAUCCAAGGUCCAGAACCCCCAAGGAGUCAGAGUUCCCCGUAGGAUUUUGUCUUACCCAAAAGAUGAAGCAGUACAAACUGAACCCAUCCAAAGGAUUAUGACUACUACUGAGAUCAGAUCUCCAAGGAGUCCCUCUCUCCCAGAGCACAGAAGCAGCAGUGUCUCUGCAGACUAUAAGACACUGGAACUGACUCCUCGGCCCUUGCCUCCUCGGUCCUUACCUAGGUACGGGCCUGGCUCCUCAUGGUGGGCCUUGCUGAAUCCUGAAGUUGAAACACCCCAAAGCCGGCCAACAACACCUGAUUUUGAGCCUAAGUGUUCUCCUUCCCUAGAUCCCUUAUUGUCCGGUUUUAAAAUAGACUCUAGCCCUUUAUGUGAAGAUCUGAAGUUCCAGAGAGAGAAGGCAAGCCCAUCACCACCACCAUCACCAAAGAAGUCUCCAAGUUGGGCACCAUUGAGUGAAGUGCCACAGACCCCCAAGCAUGCUUGCAAACAACCCAUUCAAAGGUUUAGUGCUUUCUUCCUGGGGAGAAGAAAAGCAACCAUCUCUCUGUUACUUUCAGAUGUCUCUGAGGAAAUGUGCAAUCAUGUCAUCUGGUGGCUAAAAGAUGAGGAGAAGCUGUUUGGUGACUGGAACCCAUCUCCAACAUCACAUCUUUCUGCAGAGUAGUUGCUGGUUUGGUGUUGAUAAUUUUCUCAUUAGCAGAGAUAGGAGCUACUGUUCAUUUAGUGAUCAUGUUAAGUGUGUUAGUGGGUUUUCACAGUAACCUAUGAGUGGAUUUAUUCUCCCUAUUUCACAGAUGAAGAAACUGAGGCUCAGAGUUUGUUCAUCAAAGCUGGAAGCAUUUUAAGGAGCAGUGUAUCCCAGGGAGUCAACUAUGUGGGAUAGAAAUCCUUCUUCUGUAGCCACGUCUCCCUGUAAAAUACAUUCUCAACAUUUCAGCAGCAUCUUUAGAUAUCAAGAAUUGUGAAGGGAAAGGUUUUGGUGGGAGUAACAUCCGUGUCUUUGCAUGUAAACCACGAGGUUGGGAGGUGGGUGUGAGCUUCUGAGCAGCCAGGAUGAAGGGCAAGUGAAGGGUCAAUGAAGCCAGAGCCUCAAGGCUUGUCUGGGCUCUAAAAUCAGAAUGAAAAACUAAUCAAUGAGUCCUUUUAGUCAAUCCAUAUUGAUCAGCCAUCUCCUGGGGGCAGAGGCCUGGACACCCAGACAAACAUCACAUCAUGUGUUUGCUGAUUUAAAGUGAGCAGAGGUUAAAAGAGAAGACAUACCCCCUGCCCUUGAGGGGCUUGUGGUUAAUUUAGGAGAGAAAAGUAUACAGAUGGGUCACUUGAAGUGUGUGGACAUCAAAGGACAAAGCAAAGUCCAAUGGAAUGAGUCAGCAAAGCUUACAGCUGGAGGCAUUUGGAGGGUAAAAGCCAGGGAGAGACAGAUUUUGGCUCAGUAUAGUGAAGACUUUGGUAACUUGGCUGCCCAAAGGUUGAAGGGCAGUUAUUAGAAUCAGUGAAUUUUUGGCCAUCAGAGGUAGGUAUUCAAGCAGAGGCUGGGAAGGCAGGGGAGCCUUUGGACAUCUGGUGAGUAAUCACAUUAGGAGGUAUGUAAAUCCUUUCCAACCCUGAGCUACCAUGUCCUGCCUUGCUCACAUUGGGUAUUAGAAGGACUGUCUUCCCUAUCAGAGUGGCCGGCUUCUAGCAACCUGCCAGCUUUGGAACUGCCCCUCUUUGCAGCCAUUCAGCAGGUGCCAGGAAACACAAUGCUCCCAGCCUUGCCACCCUUACCUCAUGCCCCCAGGAUCAUGGGACAUGUGGCAGCAGCUGGGGGAAGAUUUGGGCUUAAUGUAUUUUGGUUUCUUGCCUUUGUCCGUCACAGACCUUGUUACUGAGGUUUUCUUGAAAGACACAACCCAGUGAUGGCCUUUUGGUCCAAGGACUCUCUGACUGUAUCAUCAGUGACUCAUCUACCUCCGCGGGGAAGGGAUGUACGAUAAGUUCCUGCACCACUUGAGGAAAACUUAGCUACUGAGAGGCAGAAGUGGCCAUUGCUAGUCAUGCAGAUUUGAAAUCCUGAUUUCCUUUGGUAGUUGCUCUUUAUUAUUAGCUUUGAACCUGGGCCCUGACAUGGCCCACAUGCAGCCUCCUUGCUUAGGUCCUGUGACAUACAAACUGCAUCUAUGGGUGGGCAGGAAAGACCUAGUGGAGGGGGCCAGGACAUAGCAUGUUGGCUUGACCUAAGCAACAGUCCCAGGACAGCAGGCUAGAUCUAUGGUGGCUGAGCUGAGUUUCCCAGCUAGACACUCUCCCAGACACUUGGCUCAAAUACCAUGCCCUAGCAGUGCCUGGGGAGUUGUACUCUAGUCAAGGCCAUUAAUGCCUAGUGGGAUGUUAAAUUUUGAGGGAGAGCUAGCGCUCCAAGAGCUGAGCUGUGUUGAAGCAGUGUUGGCCAGGCCACCUGCUGGCUGGAGAUGAGGAAGAGCACUCAAUAAAUCGUUAGUGACUUAUGCAAGGGCUGCUGUAUCUUGGUUCUGCAGGUAUCAGGUAGGCAGGUAUCAGACCCUGCCUCCAUCACACAGAAUGUAAGAGCUAGAGUUUGGAGGAGUCCAGUCUUCUCUUUCAGUGGGGGAAACAGGGGCCCAGAGAGGGCAAGGGACUUUCAGGCAGUGAGAAAACAGCCAAGUUGGCAUGGGACUUGUGCCCAGGCCAAGUUCUCUCAGAGCCCUCUGAAUGCUGCAGUAGGUUAGCAUCCAGGGCUUAUGCAGGUGGGAUGGCUCUAAAUCAGUCGUCAGCUUUUAUUUCCCCCAGCAUGCCUCAUGUUAGGCCUGUGGUACAGUGAUUAGAAAGGGAUUAGACUCGAAUAUUUUUGGCUUAGAGCUAAGUUCUGUGGUCCCAGGACUUGCUUAGGGCCUUGCUUUCCUCAAGGCAAGCUGGUACCAACCUGCCUCAGGACACACAGGGUACUCUGGAGCCUGGGCAGCAGGUGCCAGAGAAGAGCUGGGAUUCCAGCCACAGCUGAGGAUGAGCUGGCUGGGCUGCCUUUUGAGAUGUGUCUGUGUCCACACUUGGAAUUCAGCUGAGGCUCAGGGGAGGGGCCUGUUAUAAUAGAGGAAAACAAGACUUUCUGCUGGGGCCUGUCUUCCCUAAUGUAGGCUUUCUCCUCACGCCAGGCCACACGACUCUGGAAGCACGCAAGAGGUAUUCUUAGAGUGCAUACAUGAGUACUGGUAGCCUGGGGCUUUGAACAGUGGGGCUUUGUAUAGCCUAAGCUUGACAUUUGGGGCUAAUGGCAGCAGCAGCUGCUGCUUCUGCAGACUUCCAACAGCCAUUGGUUUCUCUCUUUAUGUCUUUGUUUUCCUGAGUACAGCUUCAGAUCCCCUGAUCUACCCCAGGCCUUUUCCUGGAGCCUCUCUGUAUCUUUAGAGGCUCCCUUUCAUGGGAGCCAAGCUGCUGCCUCCUCCCCCUUCUCUCAGAUCCUGGGCCUUCUCCUGAAUCACUGCAUGGCCAACUUUUCUCCAGCACCUCCUGCUGCUGCCUUGUUCUCUUAUCUUCCUCCAAGGCCUACAGUAGCAUACAGCAUAUCCUCCUUCCCCCACUGCAUCCACUUUUAGAUGGCCUGAGCGGCAAGAAAGCUUAUAAAUCUUUUAGUUUAAUCCCCUCAUUUUCAGGUAUGGAAACUGAGGCCUUGACAGGUGAAGUGAGUUGCUCAAGGCCACCCAGCUAGUAAGGUUUCUCCUCAACCUGCUGGCUCAUGAACACCCUGCCAUCUUCCAGUCCACCAGUGCCAAACAGCCAAUAACAUCUCCAGUAGCAGCCCCAUUGUUUUUCUCAGCUUGAUCUUACCUGCUGCCCCAGGCCCUCUUCCCUCCUCUGGCUGAGUUCUGACUGGUCUCAACCACUGCUACUGGUUCACAGAUCAGACUGAAAUAAGUCAGGCAGGCCUCUGGCACUUUUACCAACAGAGAGGGCCAGGCCUGUGGGUCUCAGUUUUGUCCAGAGUGUAUUCAGGGAGAAGCCAGUUAGCUUGCCAUUGAGAGAGGAGUCUUGGGAGUCAGGAAAGGACAUGGUUCUGGAAUCUUUUGCAGGAGCCUGACCAGCUCAGACCCUACUUAGCUCAGGAAAUCCCUCACCAACACCGCACUUACCAAGCAUCUGCCUUCCCCUAGCUGCUG